CCUUUAUAAAUAAACAUCCAAAAGCUUCACCAAUUCCUACAUCUUCUAUUUUCAAAAAAAUACACACACACACACACAAAAUGUCUUUAACACUUCAUUCUUCAACUUCUUUUAUCAAUAAAAAAGAAACAAAAAAUUCAAGACAUCAUGAUGAUAUCUCAAACAUGACUUGCUUUGCUCAAAUCAAGCCAUCAUUCCAUCUCAAAGCAAAGAAUUCCAAAGAAAUUCAAUUCUUUGCUCCUAAUAUGGAAGGAAGAAAUAUAAACAAUGAAGAAGAAGGAGAGAAACUUCAUGUACUAACAACUAGUACUCAUAGCAAUAAUAGUAGUACCACAAAGGUACCAGUUUUUGUGAUGUUACCACUUGAUACUAUAAAUAUUGGAGGGAACUUGAACAAGCCGAGAGCGAUGAAUGCUAGUUUAAUGGCAUUAAAAAGUGCUGGAGUUGAAGGAGUAAUGGUGGAUUGUUGGUGGGGUUUAGUUGAAAAAGAUGGACCUUUGAAAUAUAAUUGGGAUGGAUAUUAUGAACUUGUAAAAAUGGUUCAAGAACAUGGUUUGAAGCUUCAAGUUGUCAUGUCUUUUCAUCAAUGUGGUGGCAAUGUUGGAGACUCUUGCAGUAUCCCUCUACCUCCAUGGGUACUUGAAGAAAUCAGCAAAAAUCCUGAUCUUGUUUACACAGACAGAUCAGGCAGGAGAAAUCCUGAGUACAUUUCCUUAGGUUGUGAUUUAUUACCUGUAAUCAGAGGAAGAACACCAAUUCAAGUAUACACUGAAUUUAUGAGAAGUUUCAGAGAAAGAUUCAAGAAUUAUUUGGGAGAUGUUAUAGUGGAAAUACAAGUGGGAAUGGGUCCUUGUGGGGAACUGAGAUAUCCAUCUUAUCCAGAAAGCAAUGGUACUUGGAGAUUUCCUGGAAUUGGAGAAUUUCAGUGCUAUGACAAGUACAUGAAAGCUUCACUAGCAGCAGCUGCAGAAGCAAAGGGAAAGAAUGACUGGGGCCGGGGCGGGCCCCACGAUUCGGGACAAUACAAUCAGUUUCCAGAGGACACUGGAUUUUUCAAAAGGGAUGGAACAUGGAACAAUGAAUAUGGACAGUUUUUCCUAGAAUGGUAUUCAGGGAAAUUAUUGGAACACGGCGAUAGAAUCCUAGGAUCAGCAGAAGGUAUAUUUAGAGGAACUGGAGCUAAAUUAUCAGGAAAAGUAGCUGGAAUUCAUUGGCAUUAUAACACAAGAUCACAUGCAGCAGAAUUAACAGCAGGAUACUAUAAUACAAGGCAUAGAGAUGGUUAUCUACCUAUAGCACGUAUGUUCGCGAAACAUGGUGUCGUGUUUAACUUUACCUGUAUGGAAAUGAGAGAUGGCGAACAGCCACAGAGUGCAAAUUGCUCGCCAGAAGGUUUGGUUCGACAAGUGAAAAAGGCGACUCAAAUUGCUGGAAUUGAACUAGCCGGAGAAAACGCGCUGGAAAGGUAUGAUGGAGGAGGAUAUGCACAAGUUUUGGCAACAAGUAAAUCAGAGUCUGGAAAUGGAUUGAGUGCAUUUACUUACUUGAGAUUGAACAAACGGUUAUUCGAACCAGAGAAUUGGCGAAAUCUCGUUGAAUUUGUGAAGAACAUGUCUGAAGGAGGUAAAACAAGACUUCCAGAAUGUGACACAAGCAGGACAGACCUAUAUGUUGGAUUUGUCAAAGAGAGUCAUGCCAAAAAAACUGCAGACGCUGUAGUUGUGUAAAGAUACUCGCUCGCGCCAGGGCUUUGGUUCAGUGGUAAGAGCAAAACGCUUGAUGUUUGGAUUAGGCACACAUCACGAGUUUGAACUUUGCCAAGGACAAAAGCCUGAAAUUUAAGUGGAAAAAGGUAGAGGGGUGGGCUGAUUAUCCACCGAAUAUCCAACCCUACGCCAGCUGGCCUUCGUAGAUCUCUCGAUUACAAAAAGAAAAAGAAAAGAAAGAGAUAUUCAUCUAAAUACAUGUAAGAUGGUCACAACAUUGUAGUAUAGCAGAUAAAAGAGGGCAUAAAAAGUAAAAACUAGUACAGUCCCUAGCCCUUUAAAGUCUGAAAAUUAUUUUCUAUUACUGCAACUAUAUAAGAAAAUAAAGAGAAGCUUAGUAUGUCAAUAUUGCAAACCGUAUUAGGGAUUUGUUUGAGUUUAUUUCUACUUGUCAUUAGGAUGAUGAUAUACAGAUAUAUAAGUCUUCAAUCGUACUAGGACUUAUAUGAUGAGUAUAUUCUUUUCUUUGUACAAAAAUAAUAAAUUUUGAAUUUCCACAUUUAAUAUUGAA